AUGUUGGAUGAUUUUGAACGUCAGAAUCUUAAAAUUUUAGGAUCUAAAAACAUUUUCAAAAAAACAUUGGUGAACAUCGGAAUAUGGUGA